AUGACGCCUUCUUCCCUGCUAGCUGUGCUUGUCCUGUUUGUGACGCUAGGCUUCGUGAAUGGCGACGUCUCGUUUAACUUCAACGGCAUGAUUGUGUUGAAAAAUGCCACACUGAACACUGACUUUGUGGUGACGACAAGCUUCGUUGAUCUCAUCACAAGCACGCUUCAAGAUGCUGCACAUCCGCCAGCGCCCUUGAUGACGGUGGUGCAGUCUGUCCCGCCUCAUUUGGUGAUCUUGCUCAACAUGUGGUACACCGGAACGCUCACGGAUGUGCAAACGGCAAUCAGCAAUAUCAACGGGACAUAUAUGAGGUGGGCAAACGGUGACGCCCUUGACGCUAGCGGGGCGUUAAGCUAUGCCUGCAUGACAAACAUUGGGCAGCAGCCGACGGUCAUAAAAUAUACAAACAGCUGCAGCUUCUGGAACGCGCCCCUCCCGCCAAGCAGUGCUGAGACAUGCUCGCGAAACCUGUCCCUCCUGUUCUAUACUGCAGACCUCAGCGAGUUGGACCCCCGUGCCAGACUCAAGUCUGCUCUCUGCACCUUUCUUUCCACUGAUUGUGACCUCAUCUCCUACGGCGAUUUGGCAGUGACACAAAUCAACCUCCGUGGCUCGCUGACUACCGUCCGCGUCAUGCCAUUUACUGUUCUUUCUCAAAACCGAGAGGCGACGCUGGCGACGCUUGUGACUUACGCCCAGUACGCUUCCGUGUUGGCGGAGUAUAACAUCACAUACAUUCUCGCUGACGGCGUGCAGGUAUUUUUCAAAGGUUUCCCACCGCAGCUAUCAACCCUCGGCACCUUUGAGAAGUGCGCGGCGCAGAUGUGGUAUCUUAUUUUCUUGAUUAUCCUUGUUCCAGUGAUUUUCAUGGUUUCUCACCGUAUGUUUCUCUGGGGACGGGUGUCUGGAAAGCGGAGCAUUGCGAAGUCAGAGAGGGAUAUCCGUGCCGGUGUUCACUUGAACUCCAUGCCGUGGGCUAAUUUUGGCGGUGGCGGCGGCUAUCAGUACUACCCUCAGCAAGUAUACUCAGGCGGCUACGGCGGUGGCGAUGGCUCGCAGCAAGUUGGUGGUGGCGACGCGACACAGGAAAAUGCUCCACCGCAGUCGUUUGAGUAUCCAUUCCAGACCGCAGCUCAGGGUUGGGAAGGCCAACAGUAUGGUGCACAACAGUAUGACAGGCAGCAAUACGCUAUCUAG